AUGUCAGGCCGCGCAAAUACGCCAACAUCCAACCGGCCCCCAAACACUGCCACAGAUGCAAACAACGCCUCGAGUCCCCGAAUAAGUUCAAGAGCCAGAAAUGCUUCAAGCCCUGCACCCAACAAUGCAAGAACAAACACGCCGCCGAACAUGGAACAAAAUAUGGCACCAGGCUACAAUUACGGAGACAACUACAACAAUGGGACAAAUCCUGGCUAUACCAAUAUGGGCUACUACAUGAACCCACAGAAUAACAACCCAGCGAAUGAAGAUUACCUGCCUGGAUCGUUACAAAACAUGAAUGCUCCUUCAGAAGGCUAUGUGCCUGGGUAUUACCAAAUGGCCGAUAUGGGCACCAUCCCUGGCUAUUAUUAUGAUAGCAAUGGCAAUGCAAUUCCUGGAAAUUACAAUGGUCCUGGCUACUAUGUGCCAACCACAAACGCCCCAGUGUUGGUUCUGGUUCUGGAGCCAAUGCUACUCUGGAUUAUGACCCAAGCCACUUAG